AGUGCUCCCAGCACACGCACCCACCUCCACCUCCAUCACCGAGAGGCUUAAGCAUAAACAGCAUCGCACCAGCAAAACUCUGCUCAGCACCUCCGCACAUGGAGCCUGGCCAGGUGUGCCGCCUGCAUUUAACUGACCGCACCGGCUCCUCUCCUUCCUCCUCGCGGGUGUCACCUACCCCCACCUCCAGCAGCAGCGAGGAUGCAGCGAUCACCGUGACAGUGGUCGUCGUAGCCGUGCGACGCCACGCCGAGGACCCCCACCGUCUCCUGCACUACGUCCACUGCACCCACAUCGACCUCGGCGCGGAACUCGCGCGUCAGCGCAAAAAGGCGGCCGCGUCGGCGUGGCACGGUGUGGCCGUCGGUGCGAUUGGCUGCGGCACGAUGCACCGCCGCAACGUACUCCGUGUGUCCACGAGCAGCUUCGUCUCAAGUGACGGCUACCACUACCGCUUUGAUGGCUGGUACGAAGCGUCGGCGUUGCAGUGCGUAGAAGAUGCAUCGAUGCCUUCCUCCGCUCCCCCAAGUAGCGGUGAUCCGCAGCAGCACGUCACCGGGCAGAACACAUGCGACGACGCUGCUGUUUCCUCCGCGCUACCGGAGACGCGGAACAACCACCACCUCGUCUCCGCACAGCGCCGCCCUGUGGCGGAAGAGUGGGUGGCGGCGAUGGAGCGGGACACGGCGGUCUGCGAGGUCGUCUACCUGUGCUACGCCUUUCAGCCGUGGUUUCUCUCACCCUACACCGCCCUGCAGUACCUCGCCUUGCCAGAGGAGGAUGUGUGCCACUCCGCCUACUGGUGUCACCGCUGUCUUUCCCCAUUCUUCACCCGUGAGCAGUACUACGUGCACCUGGAGGGCCAGUACUGCCUCCUGCGCGGCCCGCCCGGUCGACUCUUUUACCACGACGAGGACCGUGGCUACAAGGCCUUCUUGAUUGAUGGCGCGAUGGACCUGCACUACUGCCGCUGUCUUUCCUUGCUGGGGAAGCACUUUAUCGAGAGCAAGCUGCUGGCCAACGACGUGGACCUCUACGAGUACGUCGUGGUGACGACACCGCGCGCCUCUCUCCCAUUUUACGAAGACAGCGGCGUGACGGCCGAGGAGUUCAGCCGUGCAGCUGCGGACUUCGACAAGGAGGACUGGGAUGGCGAUGCCGUGAUGGGCUACUUCAGCCGACUGAAGCACCACCCCGACCACACCCUCUCCUGCAUCGUCACGCUGCCGCUCUUCCAGCGCCGACGGGUGGCGACCUUUUUGCUGGACACCGCCUACUGGAUGACCCGCGAGCGGCAGCGUCAAUGCGGACAGCCGCGGUGCUGCGGCCGCGCUGGCGGUGCGAUCAGCCGCCCGUUCUCUCCGCACGGUCAGUCGCUGCUUCUGUCGUAUUGGCGGCGUGCGCUGCUGCGUGCGCUGGACGACGUGGCACCGCGCCGCCGCGCCUCGCGCACGCCGCAGGCCGAGCCCACGUUCACGCUGCACGAGUUGCGAGACAAGAUGGACAUCGCCAUUCACGCCGACGACUUGGAGAUGCUGCUGCUGCAGAGCGAGUUCACGUUUUACGCCGCGUCCGGUGGGCGAGCCGUCGGGGGCGACGAGGGAGACGAGCAUCGCCGUCGCAACGGUGACGGGGGCGGGGUCCCCCCGACCUCUCCGCCGUCCUCGAAGAAGCUGCGCCGCGAGCUUCUCACGGGCGGUCACGGCGUGUCGCCGUCUUCCCCCUCUUCGCCGCCGCUGCCGCCGCCGCAGCUUUUCUCGGGUCAGCGGUACACAGCUACGAUGGUGCUGGAGGGCGCGCUGCUCGACGCCGCCCAGCAGCGACCCGCCAAAGCGUCGCGGAGCACACUCGCGGUGUUUGAGAAGCGAUGGCUGCUGAGGGACGCGCAUGGGGUUUACGCGUACGACGUCUCGCAGUUCCACUACUGA